AUGCACUUCAAAGAAAUGUGUGACAUAUAUGGAGGUAUAACCGUGAACACGGCGGAUCUUGAUUCUACCCAGAAGGAGAGAAAUUUCUUCAAUAAGAUAAUAUCAGUGUCUUUGGAUUUGUGGAGAAGUAGAGAAAUAAAAGGAGUGUGGAUCAGAGUUAGUAUCGAGGAUAGUUCUCUCAUCCCAGUAUUAGUGGAAAAUGGUUUUGUGUUUCACCAUACGCAACCCCAUUAUCUGGUAAUGACAAAGUGGCUUCCAGAUACGCCAUCGACUCUACCAAGAUAUGCACACACAAUGAUCGGAGUCGGUGGACUUGUUGUAGACAAUGAUGGGCGAGUGCUUCUAAUGAAAGAAAAGCGUGGUCAUUACCUUGGUUGGAAAUUUCCUGGAGGAGCAUCAGAUCCCAAUGAGAGUGUUUUCGAUACAGCUGCUCGUGAAGUCCUGGAAGAAACUGGAGUGUGCGCUAUCGCAGAAGCUAUACUUUGCUUCAGACAAGUUCAUAUAUCCCAAUACGAAAAUGUGGGAGAUAUAUAUUUCAUUUGUUUGAUGAACGUGAUCAAAUCGACAAUCAAGUUGUGCCCAAGAGAAACGGCCGAUUGCAAAUGGUUUACGAGGUAUAUCUAGUG